UUGGUAAGUCUGCACCGUAAGCUCCGGCCAUGUCUAUCUUUUCCUCUUUCACGGAGUUGAUGAUGAUCCUGAUGACUUUUUGGGAGGUUUCAGAUGUUUUAUAGUCAAUGGUAAAAGAGCAUGAAAUUGUAGGUGUGAAAACCUUUAAUAUAAUAAUGUAGACAAGUCACAAGUGGUGUUUUAUUGUACAGUCUGGAGGAGAAAAGUCUUCGGAGAUAGACUGAGAUGUUUCUCAUUCUUCAAUUAGCAUCAAGAUGUUUUUUCAAAGUAGCUUCUUCUUUCUUUGUCUACUUUUACAAUUAUCGCGUCACAGAAUUACCAGGUAAUAUAAAUAGAUAGGUGUGGAGUGGACUUGAUUAUUUAUCAUCAUCAAUCAUAAGUUCUUAACUAUUUUUAGUAUUUAAAAAGAGUUAAUUAGAGAAAUGAUAUAUAUUGAAAAAAAAAAGAAUUUAGGGUCUGACUGGUGACCAUUCGGGAAUCAAGAGGAACGAAUAAAAAAGGAAUGUACGGGAACAAAAUAUCAGGAACGAAAGGAAUGGCUGUUCCUUAUCAAAUUUAACAAGGAAUCAUUUUGUUCUUAAAUUCUCUACAAAAAAGGGAAUGAAAGGGAAUGAGAAUGAAUUAUUAUUCCUUGUGAAUGGUGAUUUUUUUUAGGAACGUUAGGGAAUGCAUUAUUCCUCACCGUUCCCUGGUCACCAUUCGUACCUUUAGAAUGUUGAGAACUUUUUCUUCUCCAAGGGCUUCUAUAUAUAAGAAAUGAGAAACAAUUCCUUCAUAUUUUUGAAGUUAUCGUUGAAUAAAUAUGAUUUAUUUUGAAAUUGAUUGUACGAGGCUGACAAAUUUAUAUUUUUUCAAAUUCAGUCGUUGAAACAAGUGACUGAUAAAAUCUUCGCCAAGUAAUUUAACAAAACUUUUCGGUUACAUAUAUUUUGAAAAUAUUUAAAUUCAUAUAAAAUGACAUUCGAGAUACAUUGAUGAGAUCAAUUAGUGUACCACCCCUUACCAUCUACUCUAUACUAAAAGUAACAAAUACAGUGUUUUAAGCCUGUCCACGUCGACAUAUUUAAUCCCCCAAUCACAACAUUUGCUUAAUACACGUCGGAUCCACGUAGGAUAACGCGUUUUUCUUUUUGGCUUUCUGGGUCGCGGACAAAACCGCAGACUGAGUCAUUUGGGUCUCAUAAUUAAGUGUCUGGGCCUGGUUUGGUGUAUUGGGCUUGGUCAGUAGAUAUUAAAAAAAAAACCUCAGUCGAGGCGGAACCCUCGAUACUCCGCGCCUCCAUCUUUUCGUCUUCACCCUUUGUUCUCUUCAUCGUUACAGAUUUUUCGAUCCAACUCUCUACAAUCAAUACCCCACGACAUCUCCAUCCAUCAAUUUGUCCUUUAUGAGUUCGUUUCGGUUAGCUUUCUCCCUGUUCCUUUAUAUACUGUUCAUCUCUUUUGAGUGGAAACCAAAGCCCGAGCUUCUCUCCUUAAUCUAUGGCGAUCAAACCGAAUGGAAAAUCCCCGGUUACCUCCGAUCACGAUGACAAAAUCAUGCUUUUCCGCGAUGUCACACCGGGUCCCCACGAAACCCAGCUGCGUUUCCGCUUGAUUCAUUUCUGGGAGGCUUGGAACCCUAUAAAGAAGACGCUUAUUGGGAUUGAGAUGCUGUUAAUUGACGAGCAGGGAUCUGUUAUCCAAGGAUUCAUUUCACCAAGCCGUAUUGAGAGACAUUUGUCUAAAAUGAAGCCUGCAUCGCUUUACAAGCUCAACAAUUUUUAUGGAUCAAGCAACAAAACCAUGUAUCGGGUUUCUGAUCAUGCUGUUACGGUGUCGUUCUCAUGGAACUCGGAGCUCUCUGUUCUUGAAGACAGUCCCACUCCUUUUGAUGAAGACAGAUUCCGUUUUCAUUCCUUUGAGGAAUUUCAAGCUGGCUGUGAUCGCAAAGGAGACCUCUACGAUGUUCUUGGGCACAUGAAGCUGAUUAAUGGUCAGUGUCUCACUGGGACCCCAGUUCUUGAUGAAGUGGAAAUAGCUAGGGCGAGGCAUGUGUUGGUUCAUGUGCAGUCAUACGAUGGACCUGUGGUGAAGCUCUACCUUUGGGACCAGGCUGCAAGAGACUUCUGCAAAAAAUUCAAAUCAGCCGAAGGCACCCCCACUGUGUUAUUGGUGACGACCGUUAACACCAAGAGUCUCGGAGGUACUCUUGCACUUACUACAAUGUCCUCCUCACGUGUCUUUAUGGACUGCGACGUCCAACCUACGGUCGACUACUUUAGCUGGUUGGGCUCUAACCCACAGAGUGCUGAGUUGGUUAAUGCAGAAGUGGUCACUAAAAGGGAGACACUGACCAUAGGAGAAAUAUUCUCCUACAUCAGGGAUGGAUCUAAUAAGGAGGCUUUUUUUGAGUGCACGGCUACGAUUGAUGAUGUGGUCUAUGGUUCAACCUGGUAUUACAUAUCAUGCAGUGGUUGCCAUACUAAGGCUACGAAAGGCCCUACUUCUUUGAUGUGUUCAAAAUGUGGGAAAGUCAACAUAUCAGGAGUACCACAGUACCGUGCACAGAUAUCUGUCUAUGACAACAGUGAGCAGGCUGUUUUUGUUCUGCUUGGUGAUGCUGGUUUUGAGUUAACCGGGAAGCAUGCAGCCGAGUUAGUCAGCAGCUAUUAUGAGGCUAAUGGAGACCAAGGAGUUACUCAAGAGGUGCCUUUCCCGGAAGCUUUAAUUAGCACUAUCGGUCAGAAACAUAACUUUUGUGUAAAAGUUACACAGCACAACUUAGAUGGCAAGUCUCGAUCUUUGACUGUGACCAAGAUUCUCCCUAUGGAAUCUCCACCAGUCACAGAAGCUUCGGGAGGAAACUACAACCCGACAACCUCGGAGGACGGAUUUGAGACUGGAACGAAGGUGUGUGCAGCUUCCAAAACCAGUGUGGAUUCGGCAGAGGGAAGUAAGAGCAAUGGUGACAUUGAUGAGAUGGGCAAAGCAAAACGCCUUAAGCGUGGGGUUUAGAUUUUACGUGUGUCGUAGCAUGGCUUGCAUGGGGUUACGUCUGAAGUUUUUUUUUUUUUUUAAUCACUCUGUUAUUGACUUAUGAUCUCUUUCAGUUUCUCUAAAGUUUUUUAUAAACUCUGAAUGCUUAUGUUUUGAUAAUCAUUGUUCUACUUUUUAAAAAUGAAAACUCUGUUUCUUUAGGUGUUUUGAAAUAUAACUUUGUGACAAAUACCGAAUAUGAAAAUCAGUUUUUAACGAACUAUUGUUUUUUUUUUGAAAAAUGUCCGUAAAGAAGCAACAUUUUAGUAAAAAAAGGAGGUUUUCAAGUGCAUAUUUUACUUUGGAUAAAAACGUGUAUACCAAUCUACAUAAUUACUCUACUUUCCAAAAAAUUGUUGAAGGCAUAAAUUUAGUAUCGUUUAUGGAAAAAGAACCAAUCAAGUAAUCAAGCAAUAUCUAAACCAUAUCAAACACGAUUUUUAAAAUCGAGAAUAUAUCUUCUCAUUUUUAAAUCAACCAAGUAAUGCGAUUUACCUAAAUCUUAUCAAACACGUAUUAUUUCUCCCGUAACUCUCCCCUUAGGCUGCUGCCCGGUGAACCAAAAUCGAAUUUCAUAACAUAUGAUUGGAAAAUAUGAACUUAACAGUGUUUAUUUUAAUUGGGAUAUUGGAUUAAAAGUCUAUAUGAGAUUAACUUAAUACUCAGAUUAUGCAACUGGAAGAGAUAUUUUUUGAUAACUUUAUGUUCCAAAAAUUUUAUAAGAGGAUUGAAAGAUUCAAAGAGAUAAAAUAUAACUAUACUAUUUUUGAUUCCAGUCUCUACUUUUUACAAAAACCACCUACCUCCCAUAUUAAGCAGUUACAAAAGCAUUAUAUAAUUAUUUGGUAAAGAUAUUAUACUAAAAACUUUUCUUAGUUCACAAAUAGAAUUCACUCACCCUCACGUGGCCACGCUUUCCUCAGUCAGGCGAGUACGCAUAGAUCAAGUCAACAAAAACAAACAAGUCAAAAAUAUUAACAUCCAUCCAUAAAUGCUAUUAUAGGUUUUAAAGACCUCUAAUUUAUGUAAUAUUACAAAACUCCAAAUUCUUUUAAUACAAUUAAAGUUUGACCAUUACAUAUAUUAAAAUAAUAUUCAAGAACAAUAUUCAACUGUAAGUUUUCAACUAUUACACGUUAAAAAAUAUUAUUAAGUAUGCUUCGUUUUUUGAAAAUGGGGUGUUUAUAUUUUAAAUAGGUUAUUGGAGUACUUUUUCUUUUGCUGAAUUUAUUCGAUAUAAGAAGCUAUUUAAAUUAAACUCUGUUGUUUUCAAUAUCUAAAAUAAAAAAGAAUUAUCAUAAACUAAUUAACUCUUAGUUAUAAUCCAAUUCCUCAUCUUUACUCAUUUGAGUUCAUUUUUUAAAAUUUGUUUUGUAAAAAAACAAUUCAAGUUCUGAGUAUAUGAAAAUUUUAGAUUCUUAAUGAUCUAAAUUUUGGUUAGGAUCAAUACUGAGUUUCUAUUCUUAUUUGUAUGUUUAUAAAUUGUAUUAGCCUUUGCUUUUCAUUAUAUGAUUAUUCAAAAAUUUAUAUGGGUUUAUUUAUAUAUAAUCUAUUAAAAAAGAAGUCAUGAUACCUUUAUGUCUGAUUUUUUUUAUUUGAAAGAUUCUGAAAUUAUGUAUGGAAUUUUACAUAAGUUAGUUAUAACAUAUUUAUUUUUGUUUAACAUAUUAAUAAAUAUCCUACGAACAAUGUUAAACCACAUCUUUCAAAUAUGUUUUUAAAUGUUAUCAAGUUGUAUUUUCGAAAUUUUUUUUACAACUGUCCAAGUUGAAACAUCUUUCUUUAAUAAUUAUAAUUCAUAACCCAUAACUUCCUAAGACCAGGAAAAGUUUUAUAAUAUGUAACUUAUUUUCUAUUCAACCUAUAUUAAUGUUAUAUUAAAAAACUUACAUACUUUCAACUAUUUAACCCCAUGCAUCAUGUAUCUAUUUUACAACUCAUCCAAAAAUCUAGACAACUCCACUAAAAUCUAAACAUGAGUCUAAUUUCUUGGAUUGUACGCCACAAAACUUCACAAAGUCUGACAUCUCCAAAAAGAAGCAUCACCAUGAAUAUAAAGAGACGAAAUACACAACAAACGAAGAUCGUGAUCUCUAUUGACAUGAAGACAACAAGUAGUGGUUAUCUAACACACGAAACAGCAAGCAAUAUGGAGUUUAUGCUUGGUUACCACGAGAUCGAUUUUGACACGAUUACUGAGAUAAUCGAGGAGGCUUCCGCCGUUGCCGCACGCAAUAUCCCAACACUCAAUGAUCCCACCCAUAUUGAUUUUGAUAUAAUUGUUAAAAUAAAUGAUCUUAAUCCAGACGCUAUCCGCAAAAUUGACCUGGAUGUUUAUCUCAUCGAGCUACGGGAUAAUCGAAGGGAUACAAUUCCUAGCGAAAGAAAUGACAUAUGUCCAAUCUGUUGGGAAGAGUUUGGCACCGAACUGGAUAUCAACUCCUUGAGUUGUAAUCAUACCUAUCAUCAUCACUGCAUCUCGAACUGGGUUGAAAAAACUUUAACUUGCCCAUAUUGUAGAGCAGUACUUGCUUAAUACACAAUAAAUCCAUUAUCUUAUCUAAUAAUUGUUUCCCCUGUUUUAAAUUUUUAAUUGAAAAAGAAAUAAUAAUAAUUAUAAUUGAAUUGCAUCCGUAAAGAAUUAUUAUUAUUAUUAUGUAUAAAUAAAGACGUGUCGGGUUUUAAUUAGGAAAGUGGGUUUUAAAGUGAUACUAUGAUUCAUAUUUAUAGAAAAUUAAGACAGCCCCAUAUAUAUUAUGUUAUUUCGAAAUCUUUUUUAAAAAACAUGCUGUUAAUAUCUCUAUUAUAGCUGGAAAGAUUAACAUCCCAAAUCAAAUUAUUACUAAUACUACAAAUACAACAGUUAUUAUAAACCAAAGAUAGUAUUUAAAAUAUACUAACAUCACCAAAACAGUAUUACGUUAUUAUAAAGAUCAAAUCAACCUUCACAAAUAAGUCAAAAAAAUUAACAUCCAUCUAUAAUUGCUCAUUAAAACCAACAUUAAAAGAAUUAUAUGCUCACUAAAUUAAAUAACCUCAAUUAUCUUCCCAAGUAUUAUUAAAUUAUAAAGAUUUUUAAACAAAAAAAUAUAGAUAAACUUAGUGUAUUAUGGUAGUUAGUUUUCUCAUUUCCUAACAGGUUAUUUUGGCAAACCCAAAAUUACGAUCGUUAUUAAAUCCAAAGAGAUUUCUUUGAUAAUUUUAUGUUCUCAAAUUAUUAUAAGAGGAUGGAUAGAUCCAAAGAGAGAAAAUACAACUAUCCAAUUUUUUGAUUCCAAAACAAAAACUUAGAUACAUUGUCUUAAAAACUUCCCCUAACAUAUAAAUUCCAGCGAAACUGAAACACUUUAAAUAAAAAACUCAUAAAAGUAACAUUCAGUAAUAAAUGCUCAUUCACACCAACGUUAAAAGACAAAAAAAUCAUAUAUUUAAACUCACUUUAUUUCCCACAUUUCGACAAAGACUUCACCCCACACAAACACCUCAACAAUGAGUGACAUACCACUUAUAUCUCAGCGAAUCUCACAUCAAAAAAGAUCUACAGGUGGAACCCCGAAGCAAACCUUCCAAGUUUAUUCGAAUAAAAAAUAUUAUAUUUGAAAUCACAUGUUAUUACACACUUAAUGUUUUUAAACAUAAAAUUCAAUAUUCUGUUUAAAAUUUUUAAAUAACAGACACAUUAAUUUAUUUUUGAACUCGAAACCAAAUCCAUACAACAAUGUUUCUAUAUUUUCUGUAUUUAUAAUAUAUCAUUAACCACAUUUUGACAUUUUGGAAAAAAAAGCGCUGUCUAGAUGUGAUUGAGCAAGAAAAAAGAAUAAUGAAAGAUGAAAUUUCACAUAAAAAUAAGACAUCAUAUUUGGAUAUAUUUAAAAAAUACUUACAAAUAUAUUAUAUUCUUGAUAAUUUUAAAAUUAAUUAAACAGAGGCUAAAUUAUUAAAAAUUAAAAUACAAAUAAAACAAAAUCAAUAUUUUGUAACAUCAAAAUAAUAUUUGGAUAAAAUAUACUAUUACACGUAAAAAAAAUAGAAUUUAUAUUUUGGAUCAAAAAUUUCUUAGAAAAUAACCCGGGCGUAGCCCGGGAACUGACCUAGUUAAGAUUUAAAGAUACUUUCUCUUGAUGCAUUUUCUCUUUAAUUAGCUGUUGCGAAAUUCAUGUGGUUUGUGAGCGACUUUUACGUAACUGCACCCAAAAAAUCAAUCCGUACAAGUAUGAGAUUAUACAUACGAUUCCAUAAUUUGGGCAUGUUCCUCAACUUUCAUCGUGCGGCCAUGUUUAAUACCGAAAAAGUUGACCAAGUAACACAUCGAAUGUUUAAGAAGCAAAGAUUCAUUUGUUUGUUUGUAAAUCAAAUUUGAUACUGGCCCGAACGUCGUGCUUGGUAUGUCGAAGGUUUAUAUAGAUUCAAUUAAACAACAGUAUCAACGUUAUAUAUAGUAAUCAACGACGUACAUUUCAUAUGGAUAUCAUAUAAGCACCACCGUAUCAUUAUAGAAUACAAUUUUUGCAAUAAAUUAUUGGAGAUGCAUACCAAUAUUCUUCGAAUCCAUUGACUGUACACAAAUUUUUAUAUAUAGUCCAUGGGAACCAAUAGUUCUAACUAGUGUAUACUUUUAAUUGGACAGUUUUCUAAUAGGAUAUUUAACAUAUUUAAAGGAUAAAAAUAAGAGAAUUUGUACUCCCUACCCACAACAUCUAUCUUAUUUGCACUCCAUACCUUAUUUUCCCCCAAUUUUCUUCUCUCCAUCAUCACCAUUUUCCCCCAAUUCUAUGGUAUCCCUCGCUCUAAAAAUAAUGUAAAUGUAAGAAAGAUAAAUAUAAGAGAGUAUACAAUCUCAACAGUGGUUUCUAAUAGAAUAUCUAACAUAUUUAAAAGAUAAAAAUAACUAAUUAAUGUAGGAAAGAAAAAUAUGAAAGUUUCUUAAAACAUAACUUUCUAAAUAUCCAUUAAAACCGGCGAGCACAAAUGUAUAUUUUUAAUUGGACAGUCUUUAAAAAAAAAAAACUAAAACUCAAAUAAAAACUAAAAUGAUUAUAAAAAUAAUAAUAUUUUAACAUUCAAAACUUCAAAAGGGUAUUGUACCGUUGAGGUUGCUCUAAGAAGCUCUUUAGUGUUUAAUAAUAAAUCAUGUGAUAAUACAAUGCAACCUUAAGGCUUUAUUACUUAUGUUUAAAGGCAAUUCUUUCAAAUAGAUUAUCUAAGUUGCCUCAAAAAAUAAAAUUACAAAAAUAAUUUUUUUUAUUUUGAAAAUUUUAAUAUUAUUUAAUUUUUAAAAUUUGAAAUCAUACUCUCAAAACCCCAUCCCUUGACUCUAAAUCCUAAAUCAUAAACCCUAAAUCCUAAACCCUAAACCUUAAAUUCUAAACCUUAAACCCAAAAACAUACCUUUUAAUAAAAUAUUUUAGUCAUUUUGAGUCUUAUAGAAUAUAUUUGUGACAAAAACUUUUUAAAAGCUAUCCUAGAAAAUUUCUCUUUGUUUAAUGCCAAAGUUUAAUAUUAUUAUCUUAGUAUUAAUUGCCCUUAUUAGUAGUAGAAAAGCUAGCCAAAGUUGAUGAAACGAAUAAUAUAUUUAUUUAUUUGUUACAAAAUAUUUGGAAAAAUAAAAUAUCUAUAAUUAAAAGAAUGGAAAAAGGCAGAACACACGGGUUAGCAAAGCGGGGGCAGCUUAUUAGGGUUAUUGACUUAUUGUCUGUUCUCAACUUCUCCAUGGACACGUACUCUAGCCAGUAUAGAUCCGUCGCCAAGGGGCCGAUAAGGUUCGAAAGUGAGGCUGCUCUGGAGGCCUUCAUCAAGAAGAGCUCAAGGCCCCGGGUUAGGAUGUCUGUUGAAGGAUUCAACCCUUACCGACCUGAGGAUGAAAUCAAGAGAGAAUUGGUUAAUCACUUCGAAUCAUGUGGCGAAGAAUUUAGGGUUAUUGUUCCAACAGACCCCAUUGUCGACAGGUUUGUGGCUUAAUAUUUGUGACAUAAUAUAAUAGUAUAUGUGUUGUGAGCUAAAAAUAAUUGGUCUUUGUUACAACAGUACGUGCUUUUGUUAUUCUUCUUGGACAUGGCGCAGAAGAGAAAGUGUUGCAACUUAAUGGACGUGACAUCGGAGAUUGGAAUGCCCUUGUUAAGGCUGCACCCGAAGAAGAAGAGGAGGAAUACCGAAUACCUGAUGGCAUCACAUUAUAAAGAAUCUCUGUUUGACGCCCUACUCAACGACAAAAAAUUUAGGUUUGGCAUUAUGGUUAAGGGGUAUGACACUUCCCUUCCUGCAGAUGAAGUCGAGAGUGUUUUGAGAACACAUUUCUCUUCUUGUGGAGAGAUAACACAUGUUUACAUUUCUACUCCCAACAACCGUGCUAAUAGGAGAAGCUUUGGCGCUGGGUCUUCAUGGAAGUGAAGUGAGAGGAUUCAGAAUAACUACUAGGAGCUUAGCCAAGGUCAGAAGUUAACCCUCCCCUUAUCCCCGGUCAAACUCAAACUCGUCGUAUUGGCUAUACCGUCCCAGCUCAUAUUAUCGAGUUUGCUCCCGAGAUUGGGCGGAAGGUUAUGGCUUUUAAGAGGAUUAAGAGGAACAUGAAGAACGUCGCGGCUUUUAAGAGGAUGAAGAGGACCUUGAAGACAAGGUCAGGGCUUUUAUGAAGGAGAGGAGGCUCAUUCUCUCUCAAAAAGACUGAGAAGCUCUUUGAUCAAUGCAGCCUUUCUUGAUUUUAUCACUUGGCGCCAUCUAAAAGCUCAAUGUAUGAUGACCCUUUUGUUUGUGUGUGUGUGGAUGGUAAACAUAACUCUAAUAAUUGUCAAAAAAAAAGACAUAAAUUUAAUAUUAGUUAUCUUAGUAUUAUUAUCCGAUUUGCUUAGGUAGAGCAGAAGCAUAAUCUCCUCAUUGCCUCAUUGUAUCGUUCGGAACUCGCGAAUGAACAUUUUUAGUGUUGGAAUAAAACAGUUGUUAUUCUUU